GAAAGCUGCUGCAUCAAGAUGAUAUUCGACCGUAUAGAAUGCAAGAAAGGAUAUAAGCUUCCAUCUUUCCCAGAAGAAAAACCUCAAGUAUCAGAAAACAAUAUAUUAAAAGAAAGAUCUACUGAACAAACAAAAUACGAUCAUCGAAAUGAAUCAACAAAAUCAGAACAACUUGUACGGACAAAAUCUACCAGGUAGAAAGCAUCCCACCAUCUGGGAACAGAAUUAUGUCAUCGUCUUUAACUUGACAAGUAAGACCAUAUACAAGACGAACCGCUCAGAUAUUGAUACAUCAAUCCACUUCCGCAUUGCUCUUCCCCGUCUUCUCCCAUUUGAAGAAGAUACCAUCAAUCUGGGUAGGUUGCGCGCCUCCAGCGGCCAAGAUGCAGAACUUGUCGCUAAAGUCAGUGUUAACUCUCUCGGAUUAAGAGAACAAAGACUGAGAGGAGAUAUCAUGGAAUGCUGGGUUUUGGAUACCGCGGAGGGAAAUAGGCAGGGCACAUUGGUGGGAUGGAAGUUUAGGGACGCUUUUGAUUACUUUGAGAAGAAGUGAGUGAGAGUGGUAGAGGUGUGGGUGUAGUGGACUUUAGAUGUUCUGGUUUUUAGAGAGCGAUGGCGCCGAUGCUGUCGGUAGCGCUGGUGAGAAUAACCACCAGUGAGUGCGGGAUACAUGAGACAGGCUCCAUAAAGCACAAUUUUAUAACAAGAAUGAAGACCUUGAUCA